AUGAAGUUCUCUACUGUUUUAUCCCUAGUAUCUGUUGCUGCUUCCACUACCCUAGCUGCUCCAGUUGAUACUGAAAGUUUGUAUGAUAACUCUACAACAGUUGAUGUUCCCGAAGAAGCUAUCUUAGCUUUUGUUGGUUUUGAUGGCACUGACGUUGCUUUAACUCCUUUCAGAAACGAAACUCACUCUGGUGUUUUAUUUAUUAACACUACAAUUUAUGAAUCUGCUUUAGCUUCUGAAGAUGGUACUCCUUUAGUUAAGAGAGAAGCAGAUGCAGAACCACAUUGGUUAAGAUUAGGUCGUGGUGAACCAUUAUACAAGAGAGAAGCUGAAGCUGAUGCCGAAGCUGAUGCUCACUGGUUGAGAUUGGGUCGUGGUGAGCCAUUAUACAAGAGAGAAGCUGAAGCUGAUGCCGAAGCUGAUGCUCAUUGGUUAAGAUUGGGCCGUGGUGAGCCAUUAUACAAGAGAGAAGCUGAAGCUGAUGCCGAAGCUGAUGCUCAUUGGUUAAGAUUGGGCCGUGGUGAGCCAUUAUACAAGAGAGAAGCUGAAGCUGAUGCCGAAGCUGAUGCUCAUUGGUUAAGAUUGGGUCGUGGUGAACCAUUAUAUUAA